AUGUUUUAUUUUAUUAUAAUUGUGUUAUUAUCAUCUGUCAAAGCACAAUAUUAUCAACAACAACAACAACAACAACAACAGCAACAACAAUAUUCAUACAAUAAUUAUAAUUUGAGACCAUUUUAUCCACAAAAUAAUGAGUUUGGAACUCAAGGUAUGCAACAAAAUCAACAACGUGUUCGUGGUAACCUAAUUAGUGAUGAUACAUCCAUGUUACCAUUUGGUUCACAAAUAGUUGUAGUAUUAGUGGAUGUUUCUCUUCAAGAUGUAGCAUCUCGACCUUUAAAUACUCUCGUGUUAUAUGGAUCUUAUCGUUUUCCAAUACCUUUUGAAAUUCCAUAUUCAAUGGCACAAGUACAAAUAUAUAGUAAUAGUAUUCAACAAUAUGCUAUUCAAGCUCGAAUUGAAAAAGAUGGUCAAUUACUUUAUAUCAAUGAUCAAUAUACUCCAGUACAAUUAAUACCAGCACCAAUCAAUCCUAUUAAUGUAUAUAUGAAAAAAAUUAGUACAUCAACUAUUCCAGGAAAUGUUGGAAUCUAUACAACAAGACCACCUAUAAUAAGUAACACGUAUAUUUGUUUACAAAAGCCAGAGAUUGGUCCUUGUAAAGCAAGUAUUCAGCAAUAUUUUUUUAAUACUCAAUUAGGUUCAUGUCAAAUAUUCAUAUGGGGUGGUUGUGGUGGUAAUCAAAAUCGCUUUAAUUCUCGUAUUGAAUGUGAACGUACAUGUUCAUUUUAUCGACGACGAAUGAUUAACAAUAAUGCUAAACAAAAAUGGAUAUAA